AUGGGUUCUUGUAACACCAAAAAAAAAGAAAAGAAACAAUAAUAGGUUGUUGUAACCACAUAGGCAUCUCAAGAUAAACCUAGAAUCGAGAGAAAAUAAUAAAAAAUAUAAACCAUUACUCCAAUUCUCGCUAAGACAAAUUUGUCAGACACCAUAAACGAGUCAGUUAUUUCAAGUCGUUCGAUAAAUAAAGGUCACGAGAGACAGAAAAACCUAAUUUAAGUAAGACCUGGACUUUUCAGAGUCUAUACUUUAUUGGGAAAUAAGGCAGACUCUUUUUUGGAAAAUUUAGAAGAAAGACAAAUAAAAAUAGUUUAACAUAAUGUUAGUGGAAUUAAAAAGAGAGUUGAAACUAUUGAUAAAUAGAUUACUUGGGCAGAGGAUUGUAUAUCACAAAUCUAGAAAAACAGAUUGUAAAAUGAAUAUAUCUGUCCAAUAACUAAUAUUUACGAAGACCCAGAGAAGUACUACCUGUUAUCAGAUUAUUGUAGUGGUGGAAGUCUAAGUACCUUAAAGGGGAAACUAAAAGAUAGUUAAGUAAUGAUCCUCUUAAAUUAAAUGGUAUCUGCCAUCUCUUAUUUACAUUCUAAAAGAAUGGUUCAUGGAAAAUUGUCUUUGGAUAGUUUCCAUUUACUGAGUGAUUUAAAUAGUUUAUUUUGUAAAUUGGUUGAUGUGGCCUGUUUAUUUAAUUGUAAUCAGCAGGUUAAGAUAGAGCCUUCAUUAGAAGAAUACUCUUAGGAUGUUUAUGCUUUGGGAGUGAUUGGUUAUCAAUUAUUGACUGGAUAAAUGCCUCUAUACAUAAAUAGAAAUAAUGAAUAAGAGAACAAUGAAAACCAAAAUGAAAUUCUAUAUUUUAAGGAAGAGACCUCACCUUCUUUAAAAAGAAUUUUGAAGAAGAUGUUAGAAAAAAAACUGAAUGAAAGAAUCACUAUGGAUGAAGCAAAAAAAUAAUUGUCCAAAAAUGAAUAACGAAACAAUUAUUAGGAAGUUUUAAUAAAACCAUUAUAUGUUUUAUCAAAAUGUAAGCCAAGGAAUUAUUUUCAUGUCAUAAUUCUGGCUUUUAUGCUGAACAAAUUCAAUCAGGAGGAGGAGUGCAUGCUAUAGAAAAUAUUCAAUGAUGCAGAUCUUGAUUAUGAUGGGCUGUUGAAGAAAGAUGAUAUUCUUAAAUUAUAUAAAUCGGUUGUUGAAUAUGAAAGCAUUAAUGUGGAUAUUUAGCAACUUUUCUAGAAAUUAGCUAUUACACAUCAAGAUUCAAUAGAUAUAAAUGAAUUUAUCUCAGCAUCUUUAAAUCUCGAAGACUUAAUGUCAUAAACAUAUUUAGAAACCUGCUUCAAAUAUUUAUAGAAUUAAAAUGGAUUUAUAACUUGUAAAAGUGUCAAGAGGCAUCUUGAAAUCAAUGACAAAUUAUUCAUUUAAGCAAUUGAAGAACUUAAAGGCCAACACAAGUUGAAUUAUUCCGAAUUCUUAGAGAUUAUGAGAUAACUGUUGUGA